AUGAGCCUUGUUGUACUUAAAUCAAUUCACCCGAACCAAACCGCGUCUGAGAUUGCCGAUAUGGACUAUAGUUUGCUCUCUACGCCGCCAUCGUGUUGCGCCGAUUUUGCUCUUGUUCCUAUUGGAACAGGCAACCCGUCGAUCGCCGCCGAACUCGCAGAGGUGCAGCGAUAUCUCAAGUCUAGUGGGCUGAAGCAUACAAUGCACUCCACUGGCACCACGCUCGAAGGCAGCUGGGACGAAGUCAUGGCGGCGAUCGGUAAGGCACAUGCCGUGGUUCAUCAGCGUAACGUGGCGAAGGUUCAGUCGACGGUGACUGUUAGCACCAGGACCGAUAAGAGGGAGACCAUGGAGGGCAAGGUAGACCCGGUCGAAAGAGCAGCCUAA